AUGAUGCUAUCCUCGUUUGCGGCAAUCUCCUCAUCCUCUGGAAAUGACUUAUCAGGGUUGGGUGCCCGACAGUCCCGACGAUGGCACCGGAGACGCGUCCGCAGCCGAGUUCGGUCCGCGCAGGAACCGGCGAAGUUGCAGUACAGGAAGCUGGGAGAUUCAGAUCUCCUUAUCAGCGAGAUAACUCUUGGAACAAUGACCUUUGGAGAACAAAGCACAGAGAAGGAAUCACAUGAUAUGAUAUCUUAUUCUUUUGAUCAGGGCAUCAACAUACUCGACACCGCAGAAAUUUACCCAAUUCAACCCAAGGAGGAGACUCAAGGAAGGACUGAUCUAUAUGUAGGCAGGUGGAUGAAAUCCAAGCCACGAGAUAAAGUAAUUUUGGCCACCAAAGUUUCUGGUUAUUCAGAUCGCACUUUUCUUCGGGACAAUGCAGAAAUGGUGCGUGUUGAUGCUCCAAAUAUAAAGGAAAGUGUCGAAAAGAGCCUUUCACGCUUAUCUACAGACUACAUUGAUUUGCUUCACAUACACUGGCCAGAUAGGUAUGUGGCACUAUAUGGCGAAUUCAGUUAUGAUUCAACUAAAUGGAGGCCAAGCGUCCCAUUUGAGGAUCAGUUGAAAGCUCUUCAGGAACUAAUUGAUGAAGGAAAGGUACGAUACAUCGGCGUUUCCAAUGAAACCUCGUACGGGGUAAUGCGGUUUGUACAGGCUGCAAAGCUUCAUGGACUUCCGAAGAUUGUGAGCAUCCAGAACGGUUACAGUCUACUUGUGAGAUGCAGCUUCGAAGUUGAUCUUGCUGAGGUUUGCCACCCAAACAACUGCAACAUUGGGCUGCUCGCCUACUCCCCGCUCGGCAGCGGUGUUCUGACCGGAAAGUAUCUGGAUGAUAGCUGUGGCAACAGCAAGAGUUUCAGGCUAAAUCUCUUCCCUGGAUACAUGCAGCGCUACAACGCCCCUCUGGCUAAGGAAGCAACGAAGGAAUACCUCAAGGUCGCGAAGAAGCAUCGGCUAACUCCGGUCCAGCUUGCCCUGGGCUUCGUCCGUGACCGCCCAUUCACAGCUAGCACCAUCAUCGGAGCGACCACCAUGGAUCAGCUGAAGGAGAACAUCGAAGCGUUCACCAGCGCUCCACGGCCUCUGCCGCCACAAGUUCUUGAUGACAUUGAGACUGUUUUCAAGAGAUACAGAGACCCAGCAGUCCUCUAG